GGAUCUUUCAACUUCGGUCAUCUUCACUAACCUUCGCAGCCGGAAUUGACCAACGUCACAAUGGGCCGUCUUCAGGAAUACGAGGUCAUCGGGCGCCACUUGCCCACCGAGGCUGACCCUACACCCGCCCUCUACCGCAUGACCAUCUUCGCCCCUAACGAGACGGUCGCUAAGUCCCGAUACUGGUACUUCUUGCGCGGUCUCAAGAAGGUCAAGAAGGCCACUGGUGAGAUCGUCAGCGUCAAGGUGCUCCACGAGAAGCACCCCCUCAAGGUCAAGAACUUCGGUGUCUGGAUCCGAUACGACUCUCGUUCCGGUACACACAACAUGUACAAGGAGUACCGUGAGCUGUCCCGAACAGAUGCCGUCGAGUCCCUCUACUCCGACAUGGCCGCCCGCCACCGUGCCCGCUUCAGGUCCAUCCACGUCCUCCGCGUCGUCGAGAUCGAGAAGACUGAGGACAUCAAGCGACCUUACAUCCGCCAGCUCACCCAGAAGAACCUGAGCUUCCCCCUCCCCCACCGUAUCACCAAGGAGAACACCCAGAAGUUGUUCAGCGCCAAGCGACCUUCCACUUUCGCUUAAAUGAUUUCGGUUUAGAGGAUGGUUAGGCUCUGCGGGUGUUACACGGGAUCAUGGAAAUAUCAACUGACUUUGCUCAAUAAAAUGGGCAACGAAUGAACCAAAAAAUUCUGAGCAUACAAGAUGCUGGCCGGUGUGAUGCACAAUUGAUUGGGUUUAUAAAAAAAACUAGCAAUGACUACCGAUUGUGAACUGUUACGACGA